AUGAGUGGAAAAGAAUUGGACGCUCCUACAGUUGAGAAGAAAAAGGUUAAUGAGAUCCCAAUGAAUGGUGAGAAAGAAGAAGACAAGCAAAAGGAGGAGAAUCUGAGGAAAGAGCCAUUGGUGGCUAAUCCGGGUUCAAUUACUUUUCUGGAAAACCCACCCAAGAUUACUACUCCAUUACCAUUUCCUCAAAGAUUUCACAAUAAGGCGAUUGAUGAAAAAUAUGCAAAGUUCUUGAAUAUUUUCAAGAAAAUAAAUAUUAACAUUCUGUUUGUAGAUGCCCUUGAACAAAUUCCAAACUACGCUAACUUUAUGAAGGAGGUGAUGCCUAAGAAGCGUAAGUUAGAGGAUUAUGAAACAAUGAAUCUAAUAGAAGAAUGUAGUGCCAUUAUCAAGAGACAGUUACUGGAAAAGUUGAAAGAUCUGGGAAGUUUUACAAUUCCAUGCGUUAUUGGUGAACUACAUAUUGAGAAGGCCUUGUAUUGUUCUUUGAUGUAUCCUAGAGGUAUCAUUGAAGAUGUUCUAGUGAAGAUUGAUAGAUUCAUUUUUCCGGUUGAUUUUGUUGUACUUGACAUGGAGGAAGACCAAGAAAUUAUGAUAAUCUUGGGAAGACCUUUCCUAGCAACUGGGAAAGCUUUAAUUGAUGUACGUGAUGGUAACUUGACUCUAAGGGUGAAUGGCAAAGAAGUAAAGUUCAACAUUAGUAAUGCUAUGAAGUUUCCCAAGGAGCAAGUGGAUUGUAAGAGAGUGGAUGUAGUUACUCCAUGCUUAAGAGACUUUUUCAAGACCAUGGUUCAUAAUGAUCCUUUGGAACUAUGUUUGACAACGCCGAUUUCUAAAGAGGACCUUGGAGUGGAUUUGGGAAUGAAUGAUAUGGAGGUGGUUGAUAGUGUCUUUGCUUUAGAAGCAUUACCAGUAGAAAAUGAGGUGUCUAAGAAGGGAGAUAUCUAUAAGGCUCCAACUCUUGAUAAUAGCUUAGAGAAAAAGAAUACUACUAGUGAUGGGCUUGUUUUGAAGAAAUUACCCGCUCAUCUUAGGUAUGCAUUUUUGGGAGAUGGAUCUACCAUUAAUCAUAAUAAUUUCGUAAUCAUUGCACGUGGGUCUGUUUCUUAUUAA